AUGUCAUACAGACUAAUUCAAUUAAACAGCGGUAACAAAAUUCCUUCAAUUGGUUUAGGAUGUUACGAUAUCCCUACAUCACAAACCAGCAAACUUGUUUAUGAAGCAUUGGAUGUCGGAUAUCGUCAUUUCGAUACUGCUGUACUUUAUGGUAAUGAACAGGAAGUCAUUGACGGCAUUUCUCAAUAUUUGAAAGAUCAUCCCGAAGUCAGACGAUCUGAUGUCUUUUACACUACUAAAUUAUGGAAUAGUCAAUUAGGUAAAUCAAAUACUGAGAAAGCCAUAAAUACCAUGAUGCAACAAAUUGGUCCAUUGAAAUAUAUCGACUUGCUUUUGAUUCAUUCACCAUUGCCUGGAAAGGAGAAAAGAUUGGAGAGUUAUAAAGUCAUGGAGCAAGCUUUAAAAGACGGCAAAGUGAAAAACAUAGGUGUAUCCAAUUAUGGUCAACAUCAUAUUGAAGAGAUUCUUAAAGACCCAGAAAUUGAAACGCCACCAGCUAUAAAUCAAAUUGAAAUUAGUCCCUGGUGUAUGCGUCAAGACCUAGCUCUGUGGUGUUUGAGUAAAGAUAUUCAUGUUGAAGCCUAUGCUCCAUUGACUCAUGGCUAUAAAUUACAAGAAGAUAGUCCCAAUUUUCAAGAGAUUAUGAAGAAAUAUAAUAAAUCACCAGCACAAAUCUUGAUUAAAUGGUCAUUACAAAAGGGGUAUAUCCCCUUACCCAAAACAAAAACACCUUCUAGAUUGAAAACGAAUUUAGAUAUUGAUGAUUUCGAAUUGACUCCAGAAGAAAUGGUACUUGUUGACCAACCAGAUGCUUAUGAACCUACCGAUUGGGAAUGCACUAAUGCUCCAUAA